UAUGAACUAAAUCUUUAUGACUAAAUCUUUUAUCUAAUUAAAUGACGUGUUACAACGAAAUUUGAAUUAUUCAAAUAGAUCGAUGAUGUUUUAUUAAUUUCAAUAGUUAUCUAAUUUUUUUUACCUUUUACAUUUAUAAUCUCUCAAUUUGAAGAUCAAUGUGUUUACAUUAUAAAAUAUCUACGAAGGUUAUACAAAGAAGACAGUCCGGUGAUGUGAGCUUUGAACGAAAUUGGGAAGAAUAUAAGAUGGGCUUUGGAGAUGUUUCUACAAGCUACUGGAUUGGAAAUGACAUCAUACACCAAUUAACAAAAGAAAGAAGUAGUUCUCUGUACAUGGAAAUUACUCUCUUCAACGAAACAGUCCUAUAUAUAAAAUAUGAAUUUUUCUUUAUCACCGAUGAAAAGACUGAUUAUAGACUGAAUAUUAGUGGAAAAGCAAAUGGAACUUUGGAAGACAGGAUAAGGAAUGUUCCACCAACAGACAUGAUCAAUGGGGCAAGAUUUAGUACUUAUGACAGGGAUAACGACCAAGCCAACACGUUGAGUUGUGCUGCUAAACACCAGGGAGGAUGGUGGAACAAUUAUUGCCAUGAUGUGUACCUUAAUGGUCCGUAUGGCUCUGCUGAGUGGCCUCAACCUUGGUUUCCACUCUUAUCUGAUGGAUCUAACAUUACCAAUACAAGAAUGAUGAUCAGGAAUGAAAAAAAGUCAUAAUAUAAAGUUUGUCAGCGAGGAUUCCCUCAAAAGCACUGUCUAUGCAUGCGAUUUAUUCUUAAUUGAUGUGAAUCUUCCAGAAUGUUAAAAAGUUCAAUUUACCUCUGCUGUUGAGGCAUAUUUCUUUUCUGUGUUAUACAUUAUUAUUUAAAAGGUUUUGCUUCAGACAUUUCGUUGCACAAGUAAGUACUGCUGAGAGGUCAUAGUUACGUACUAAGUAAACCAUUUUCUGAAAAAAGAAUAGAAAACAACUAGACUUCACUUAUGAUAAAUUACGGGGAAACAACAGUCUGUGGUCUAUAACAGCAUGUUAAAUUUUUUUUAAAACCUUCCCAAUGGUCAUGUCUCUUUUUGAUUGUUGGCUUCAACAUUUGUAAUUGCAUUUUCCCCGAAAA